AUGUUUUCACGUGUUACACGACCACGUUUAAUUUCAUCACCGUCAACAUCUAUUCAUGACGAAUUAAGCAUGAAACGUUCGACUGAGAUUCGUUCAACGCAAAUUCAAAAUGAUUCUGCAAUAAAUCGUACAACGACGUGUCGAACAAAUAAUAGUGGUGUGAAUGCGAAUUUGUCGAGUAUAAAUCCAAUUGAGAAGACAUCGAUUAAUUUUUCGAAUAAUUCCUCUAAAAAAAUAAUGGUCGCACCACAACCGAAAUAUUCACAAAAUGAAGAUCAAGUUGUUAGCAAAUGCAUGAAAGAAAGCAAUCGUAACUGUGUGCAACGACGGCAUAGUGGAGGUGCAAUACUAUCAUCUACAAAUGUAAAUAGUUCUCAUAGUGGGGAAAAUUGGUGUUUUCAGGAAAACUCUCUUAAUUUUGUUGAUAGUCGCAAUAACCGAGAUCAAGUGAAAAUCAACGAUGUACGCGUUGCGGUUCUCGAGCAACGAGUUCGUGAACUUGAAGCAGCUAUUAUUAGUGGACAUUCACCGUCGGUUUCUACAUCUACUUCAUUCGUUGUACCAGUUGUCGGAUCUAAAAAUUCACGUGUAAUCCGUUCUCCAAGUGGCCAAUGCGUGAUUUCAGAAAUAUCUCCGACAUCAGUUCAACAUUACGUAAUGCAAGAACUCAAGGAAAAAGAGCAAGAAACAGAAAGAUUACGAUCUCAACUCAAAAAACUUUAUUCAAAAAUGGAACUGCGUCGUGCUCAAUACGACGAUGAGGUGAGUGGAUUCAGAGCCGAAUCUCAAGAAGCACGAUUACAUUUGGCAAAAGUUAAAUUACGAUUAGAUGAAUUGGAAAAUGAAUAUCGUAUCUAUAGAGAAAAAACAAUCGAAACAGAUGCGGCUCGAAAUUCAGCUAUUUCAUCUUCUAUCGAGAAAAUAGCAAUGCAGGAAAAGGAGCUUAAUGCUCUUCGCGCUGAACUGGAAAAAUCUUUGGUUACUGCAAAACAGUUGGAAAAAACAAAAAAGGAUUUAGAACUAUGUGAAUUACAAAAUGAAAUGCUAAGUGCUCAAGUGGAUUCAAAAAAUUCCCUAAUUCAAAAUUUGGAGGAUUCAAUUUUUGCAAUGAAAAUGGAAGCGUCAUGCAUAUUUGAAAGUAGUUCGGCAACUCCGCAAGAUAUAAAUCUUUCUGAUGUUAAACAUUGUGAGCCAAUAAGUACAUCAGCGGGUAUAUCGGAAUCAUCUUCGAAUUAUAAAUUAUCAUCCGAAAUAGUCCAAGAUUUACCGUCAAAUUUGUCUCUUCUUAUUCGUAAACAAUUAAAUACUACAAUGGAGUGUCGCCUUCUCGCAAAAUGCCUAAAAGAUAUGACUUCUAAAGCAAUCAGUGGUGAUUUACCGAGUUUAAAUCGUUUACUAGGAUGCAAAGGUGAUUCGAUGUCAGAAUGCGAAUGCGAUUUAUUAAAUGUAGAUGCUAAUCCAAUCUCUUUGAUUAGUGCUGAACGUUUUAUAGGACGAAUUACGGAUGAUUUAAGUCGUGUAGAAAAAGAUCUUAACGAUUUACGUGAGAAAUUCGUAGAAUAUUAUGAAAAAAAAGUAGCAAAUGAAUUAGAGGAUGAUGAAUCGUGUCGUGUGCAGUGA